CCUCCUCCCUUUCCCCUUCAGCCCCAUUUGUACCCACAAACGCUCCAUCUAAUUAAGCAGUAGGGAUUAGUACUUGAGCAGAAGAAAUUGGAAAAAAUGGGUCGUGGAAAGAUCGAGAUCAAGAAGAUCGAGAACACCACAAACAGGCAGGUGACAUACUCCAAGAGAAGAAAUGGUAUUUUCAAGAAAGCACAAGAGCUCACUGUGCUCUGUGACGCCAAGGUUUCCCUCAUCAUGUUCUCCAGCACUGGCAAAUUACAUGAAUUCAUAAGUCCUACCAUCACGACAAAAAGUUUCUUUGAUGAAUACCAGAAGACUGCUUGUGUUGACCUCUGGGGCUCCCACUAUGAGAAAAUGCAAGAAAAUUAUAGAAGGCUGAAGGAGAUUAACAACAAGCUGAGGAGAGAGAUCAGACAGAGGAUGGGGGAGGAUUUAAAUGGUAUGAAGAUUAAGGAACUGCAAGCUCUUGAAGAAAAGAUGACUUCUUCCUUGGACCUCAUCCGAGAGAGAAAGUGUCGUGUGAUUAAGACGCAGAGCGAGACAUACAGAAAAAAGGUGAGGAGUCUGGAGCAACAACAUGAAAACCUCCUGCUACACUUGAAAGCAAAGAUUGAGGAUCCCCUAUUUGGACUUGUUGAUAACGAAGGGGAUUAUGAAAUUGCACUCGCAAACGAAGCCAACAACCUCUACCCAUCGCUCCGUCUGCACCAUCACCAUGGAGGAAGCUUUGAAGAUCUGCUGCGUCUUGCUUGAAUCAUGUGGGAGUUGCUAGUACUAAUCUUAUUUGCAAAACUUGUUUAAUUAUUUGGCUUACUACAAUUGCCUGAAACUGAAAGCAUUGAAGGCUUGCAUGCACUUUCAGGAGUGUGAUUUUCAUGGACAUUUAUGUUGGUUUCAUUUAUGCUUAUUAUUAUAUUCUUGUGUCGUGUCACUCCAACUUGGCAUUUUUAUCCUUUUACUAAAGACUAGGGAGGAUU